AUGUCAAUCGAAAUCCUCCCGCUAGCUCAGGCCGAUAUCCCCGGCGCGGUAGAAUGCGUGCAACAAGCCUUUGCAGAUGAUCCAUAUUUCCGAUGGGCUUUUGAUGAUCCAUCCAAGUUCAACGUCGAGCGAAACGCAGCUUCUCUCGCAGCCCACUUUCAAUACGGUAUCAACUGCGGUUGCCCAAUAUCUGUUGCCAAACUGACCCGCGCUGCGAGCGACGAUAAAAGCGAUGCGGAAAUACGCCUGCCGCCCGGUAGCGUAGUCGGCGUUGCUUGGUGGUACUCACCACAAGCGCCAUCAAAGCCUCCAAGCUGGACGGUAUGGGCCCAGGACUGGAUCCUCUCUUUCCGUCAACUCAUGAACAAUAUCAUGUUCCUCGGCCGCGGUGGAUUGAACCUUCAUCGAUACAAGAUCUGGAAGAAUGUGCAGCAAAGCGCGCAUGAUUUAAUUUGGCAAGAUCCUCGUGGCUAUUACUUCUGCAACGUUGUUGGUGUCAGCGCGCAGGCACGCGGCAUGGGUGUAGGGAAGAAGCUCAUGGGAGAUGUGAUCGACCGUGCGGACCGGGAGAAUAUGCCUUGUUAUCUGGAGAGCUCGAAGGGAUACCCCAAUGUGAGGAUAUAUGAGAAGAUGGGCUUCGAGCUCAUCAAAGAGAUUGAAUGCGUUGACGGAGGAGACGUAUGCAAGGUACGUGCAAAGGAAAAGAGCCGAAUCAUUCCAAAGUAUCCGUGGACGAUGUGA